ACCAUCGCCACAGCUCGCCUUUGCUCUAGCUGCUGCUUCCUCCUUCGCUGCGGGGGAGCGUCGCCUCCCACCUCCAUCCUUCUGUUGUAAAUAUACCCAUUUUUCUUUGUAUUGAGUGCAUGUUGCCUUUCUCUGGAACCAUAGGUUUAUGAGUUUUACGAACGCUGUGAAGAGGCGGGCCUGGGUGGUCAGGAAUUUCGUGCGUGAAGGUUGAACAGGUCACUGUCUGCUGUUAGAUUGUGCAGAUCGUGCAGUGCGCUUCUUGUGGCACGACUCUGUUUUUACGAUGGCGACGGCAAUGUCAACAGCAGCUCUCACGGUUCUCCUCACUCACUGCCCCGUGUCUCUACACCAUAAAUCCGCAACUGCUUCCGUGGCACUACGAGGUCCUAAUGUUAAAAAUAGCAAACUCAUCCAGCCGAACUCUAUUGCUCUCGCACCUUUUGGAUCCGGAAUUUGCCAAGAGCGAAAGGCGUCGCAGAAAUGCUACUCCAGCAGGUCAUUUGACAACGGCCUCCCGAUCGACCAGCCAUUCAGUGAAAAUGACGAGGACUAUGUGGACUCUACUGUGCUGGAAGCUUUGGAGGUCAAGAGCGGGCCUGAGGGCUUCAUCAUUAAAAUGCGAGACGGGCGAACCCUCAAAUGUGAGCACAACACGCCGGAUUCGGGUCAUCUUCCAGAGUACGGCCCUCAGCCUGCAAUUGUUCUUCAAUUGAACAAAGGAUCCAAACUCCUGCUUCCCAUUAUUGUUCUGGAGCUCCCUUGCACAAUGCUUAUUGAGGGUAUUCGGAACGUCCCUGCUAUUCGUCCUACGGUAUACCACGUGAUGAAGAACAUGAUUGAGGUGAUGGGGUACCAGCCCAAGAUGGUGCGAGUUACGCGUCGAGUGCACGAAGCCUACUAUGCACGCGUUUACCUGAGCAAAGUGGGAGAUGAGUGUGGAGAGGUCGUGAGCUUGGACCUUCGCCCUUCGGACGCUAUCAAUUUGGCUGUGCGAUGCAAAGUGCCUAUCCAGGUGAACAAGUGGCUUGCGGAGGGAGAUGGCGUGUUCGUGGUUGAUGAGCCCGUGAAGCUGCCAUCUCGUGCUUUGCGGUCUUCCGGAUCCCUCACCAUGACCAACCUUGAUAGACCUGAUUCAUCUCCAUGCGCUGCAGCCGAAGAAUUUGUACUAGUGAGAAGCAUGAUGAUGGCUGCUGUGGAGGAGCGGUAUAGUGACGCUGCGAAGCUGAGAGAUGAGCUCAGGCAGCUGCGGAAUAAGAAGAAACGAUCCCGUCAAUUCAAGCAAUUAUGAAAGAUUCCAAAGGGAUUUGACAUGCAAGGCAUUUUUUCGUUGAUUAAAUGACUUCUGUGCACCAAUGCUGGAGCUUACGUGAGAUAGAGAUGAUGAUUGGCUUUGAGGAAUCAAAGCUGUAGUUCAUAGUUUUGUAUGUAGUUCUGUACAUAGUGUUCAAAUUUCUCGAGUUGUCUGGUUGGGUGUUAAGUAGAAAGGUAUAGACUGCGCAGUCAGGUAAAUAUUUGGGUGGAGUCGUUUAAUAAGUCGAGGCAUGGAUUUUUGUAAAAACUCCAUAGCUCCUUGCUUUCGAUAUUAUUUUAUGUAGAUACAGUAAAUGGGCGGGGUAGUGAUGUAGUUGCAGAGCUUCGCUUGUCGAGCUCCAAUCUGUCGAAAUCAAUGGCAUUGCUUUUUUAUGCCUCUUAUUAUGAAUAUGAAAUCGCCUCAUCACAGCGAUCAUCGAUUUCUCUUA